CAGGACCCGGGCCGCUCGGCCUCCGAGGACCCGAGCGACCUGAUCCCGGGAUCCCGCUCCACGCUCCUCUCGCCUUUUACGGAUCUCCCCCCGCACCCCACGACUCUCCCGCAAAACGGAGCCUGAAUAUCAGGAGAAACUGCGGGAGCUGGUGCACCCAGGACUUUCCCGGACACCCAAGAUGCGCUCCAUUAGGAAGAGGUGGACGAUCUGCACGAUAAGUCUGCUCUUGAUCUUUUAUAAGACAAAAGAAAUAGCAAGAACUGAGGAGCACCAGGAGACGCAACUCGUUGGAGAUGGAGAAUUGUGUUUGAGCCGAUCACUUGUCAAUAGUUCUGAUAAAAUCAUUCGAAAGUCUGGUUCGUCCAUCUUCCAACACUCUGUAGAAGGUUGGAAAAUCAAUUCCUCUUUGGUUGUGGAGAUAAGGAAGAACAUUCUUCGUUUCUUAGAUGCAGAGCGAGAUGUCUCGGUGGUCAAGAGCAGUUUUAAGCCUGGUGAUGUCAUACAUUAUGUGCUCGACAGACGCCGGACACUAAAUAUUUCUCAUGAUCUGCAUAGCCUCCUGCCUGAAGUUUCACCAAUGAAAAAUCGCAGGUUUAAGACCUGUGCAGUUGUUGGAAAUUCUGGCAUUCUACUAGAUAGUGAGUGUGGAAAAGAGAUUGACAGUCACAAUUUUGUAAUAAGGUGUAAUCUAGCUCCUGUGGUGGAGUUUGCUGCAGAUGUGGGAACUAAAUCAGAUUUUAUUACCAUGAAUCCAUCAGUUGUACAAAGAGCAUUUGGAGGCUUUCGGAAUGAGAGUGACAGAGAAAAAUUUGUGCAUAGACUUUCCAUGCUGAAUGACAGUGUCCUUUGGAUUCCUGCUUUCAUGGUCAAAGGAGGAGAGAAGCACGUGGAGUGGGUUAAUGCAUUAAUCCUUAAGAAUAAACUGAAAGUGCGAACUGCCUAUCCAUCAUUGAGACUUAUUCAUGCUGUCAGAGGUUACUGGCUGACAAACAAAGUGCCCAUCAAACGACCCAGCACAGGUCUCCUCAUGUAUACUCUUGCUACAAGAUUCUGUGAUGAAAUUCACCUGUAUGGAUUCUGGCCAUUCCCUAAGGAUUUGAAUGGAAAGCCUGUCAAAUAUCAUUACUAUGAUGACUUAAAAUAUAGGUACUUUUCCAAUGCAAGUCCUCACAGAAUGCCAUUAGAAUUCAAAACAUUGAAUGUGCUACAUAAUAGAGGAGCUCUCAAACUGACGACAGGAAAGUGUGUAAAGCAAUAAAGCACAUUUAAAACAGAAGCAGACUGAGUAUGCACUUCGUUUCUGAAGAUGCUUUUGAAGAUUUGAAAAUAGGAUCCAAAACAAGGCUGGGUUUCAGCAUUCACCAGUAAACUGAAUGGUUGAUCAAGGACAUUCACUGGAGAAAUCCACUACCAGCUGACGAAAUACCUGCAAAGUGCUCUAAAAUUACAUAUUUUGACUUCAAGGGUCCUAGUAAGUGCCACUUCCACUAAGAAUACAGUUUGAAUGUAUAAUCAGUAGUGUUUACAAGAUCCAACAAUGCACUUGUCAUUAGUUAACGAUGCAAAUACGUCAUCACUGUCGGGCUGCCAAUGCAACACCAAGCACAUCAGAAGAGGAACCCAGGAACACAACUCAGCCUUGGGCAAUGUCCCAUCCUUGUCAGCAGAAACGAACACAUAGACUGUUCGAGCCGUGAAUUCCACAAGAGGAACAAGUAAAUGCCUUCAGCCAGGACUCUGAGUCUGAUCAUGAAUGUUGUGUUUUUAUGUUUAUGUUUUUGUUCGUCCUCCUCUGGAAUCUCUUUUAGUUGGGGUAUUGGGGUGCUUAGAAAUCCUUUCUGUGAUACAGAAAUGAGAUACAUAUGAACAGGAAGAGCAAACUUCAAGUCAUUGUUUCUAAAGUUGUAUUUUUAAAGAACGAUCACAUGGACUUUUUUGUUAAUUUAUUUUGCACAACUCAAAACCUCCAGAUUAUUUUCCAAUGGGUAGAAGGUACCAGUUAAACUGCACAACUCAGUAGUAGUGAGCCACUAUCAAGGAAAGAUGUUCCAUGCCAUCUGAGAUGGUAAAAUUAACAGGAAAAAAAUGAACUUUGGGUACCAAAGAUUACACUCAUGUUUCUACACAACAAACCAUUCCCUUUCAUGAAAAUAGUAUAUCAACAUGAAUAUGCGAAUAAUGUGAAAGUUGUCUCCAAAUAUUUUAAAAUAUCUAAGCUCAAAUUUUAUUUUUAUUAAAAGGAAGACUUCCACUCCUUUCAAAUCUCAUAAUAAUUUUGGCAGCAUUUUACCCAUUAGAAUAAAUGAUGGAUGUAGAUGAAAUGGCUCUUCCAGUUCUUUGAUAAUCCUUUUUUUAUUCAGAGAGAACGAUUGCCAUACUCUUGAUAUUAUUGUUAAAUUUCUUAGUGUGGAAAUAACAUGAUUAAUAGAAUGUUGUUUUCAUAGCAGAAGUGAUUACUUUUAAGAGGUUUAACAUGAAACUGUGUCAAGAUUUUGCACUUAAAUUCAAGUGAUCAGUAUUUUUCUGUAGUUGAAAUUAGCCACGUUAUCACGAGUGUGUUUUUAAACACAUGAAAUCUCUAGUAAAAGUGGCUUUAAAACAGUUUAAUAUGUUAUAGAACUGACCAAUAAACCAGUUUUCUCCUAAGUAGUAUUAUGCUGGUGGGCGAUUCUGAAGGUAGCUUUUUCUGCAGAAAGCGGAAGCAUUGUGUUCUCACUUCUACUUUGGCCUGGAACAACUUACAUGACUUCUUGUUUCUUGGGGAAGGCAACGUGAGGAAACAAGAAGUAGCGUGGGGAAUAUGUAUGCUCUGUUUCAUAGGGAAGGUACUCUGAGAAAUGAAUAAGUACAUGAAGAAAAAUAUAUGUGAUUAUGAAAAAGAUGUUUCACAAAUAUAUAGUUCUCAAUAUUUAAAUACCAUAGGGUAUUAUUUAAAGAGUAUGGUAGAACCUUGGGAUACAGAAGAUUAUAUUUUCUGAGAAUCCAUGUGUCUCUAAAACAGAAAAGUUGAAUGCAUAUAGGGCAUUGAUAGUUAAAAAUGAAUAGAACAUGAAUAUAAUUUUAUCAGUUGAAAACUCUUAUCUAUUGCAAAUUUUUAAAGAAUUAGAUACAUUUUAAAUCUAAAUUUAAAAGUCUGAUUUGCUUAACAAAUCAAAAGUAAGUAUUAAUUUGGACUAUUUGCAGAGGUAAGUUGUCAUAGUUACCUAUAAUUUGAAUUUAAUGGAAAUUUCUAGAAGUCACAAGUCAGUUCUCACAGGUAUGCCACCUUUUGGCACUCCUUUGCAGUAUGUCUUAAAAACAGCAGCAAGGUCCCCUGCCAAUUUUACUGCGCUUUCAACAAACACAUUUAAGGCAAUGUAAGGCCACAGCAAACACACCUCAGCCAUUCACUGUUGUGUGCGUUGUUGUUUAUCUCAUAGAGACAUUGAGUAGUGCCUUUUUAGCUUAUUUGUAUUGCUUUCUUUCUCUAUGCUUUGUGUUCUCUAAAUACAUUGCCCAGUUCUGAAAAUGGUCCGUCUAGCAAAAGGGCUUCAGUAUCGGCUGAGACUACUUUUUUCAUCUCAGGGAACUUUCAGUACUCAAGAAUGAAUUCGAUGAGAGGUAUUUAGUAUUCAAAGAAGACAAACUGUACAAGAUCAUUUCAUUCCCUGUUGUCUAACUGUCCAUCUGCCCUCCCCCUUGGCUAUCUGGUAUGGCCUUCUCAUAGAGCAAAACAUCAUCAAAGGCCAGCAACAAGAUUAAGAAAAAGAGCUGAGACUUAUCUAAUAAGGGGGCAUAAGGAAUCAUAGCAAAAUCUAUCUAUAAGUACAUACUUGAAAUAUCUGGGUUUGUUUAGUUUUGUUUGGGAAAUGUCAUCAGUACACAGCUUUACGUUUUUAUUUCUCCUUCACAGUUUAUACCUGCAUCUGACAAUGCUGAGGCAGCAGAUUGUGAACUAGCCUUUCCCUUUAGACACCAUGGUUCUUACUGCGCUGUGGACUUGAAUAGGCCAUGGAAACAUUUCAUCAUUAGUAUUCAGCCUGUUCUGUAGUUAAUAUUAAGUUGCUGAAAUAAACAGUAAAUCAGUAACAAAUUUUCUGGGCAAAUCUAAUGAUUCAGCCCACAGGACUGAUGAAACUACUGUGGAAGUUUUUCUAUCUGAACGAAGGUGCUGGGCAUUCAACGGUCUUCAUGUAUUGUAUAUCAUAUGAAUUGUACAUCCAUUGCUAAUGGGAAUUUCUCUCUAUAUAUAUGCUUACAGUAGCAAUUUAUUUAAAUACUGCUAGGGUAGUGUACAUACCAACUAGUUAACAAGCUACUACACAGGGAAAGGGUAAACAAAGUAAUUUAUUUCUAAUUGAGCCAGUUAGUCAUAAUGCACAUAACGUGGUAUUUGGUUCAUAAAAAGAGUUGUUUUCAUGUGGUUAUUGUAAGGAGUAUCUACAAUUGUGGAAGGAUGUGGGGAGAGUUAUAUAUAGUUAGUUGUUAUCUCCAUGAGUUUGUAAGCUUCCCCCAUCAAGCAUUAUCAAUAUACCAAUGUUUAAAAGAACUGAGUAAGGGUUAUUGUUCAUAUCUGAUGAAAGAAAAUCCAAAUAAAGCCCACCUAGAAAUAGAUACUUUAUUAUAUAUGUGCUAUAGGUAUAACUAUAUAGUACAAAUAGACGUGUGUGAUGCAUAUAUACAAUGUUAUAUAUGUUUAUCUGUGUGCAUACACACUGAGUUGUAACAUGUACACACUAGAUUUGUGUUAUGCUGAUACCUUCAGGGUCUGCCCUGUGAACAGCCCUGGAAAUAAAUAAGACCACUUUAGAAUAAGUUCUUUUGAGACUUCAGUUACUAACCUGCUUUAAGAAGGAUCUACUUUAUAACUGAAUUCUAUGUUGUUCAUACCUAGAGUUAUAAUAAGGGUUAGUAUGUCCGAGUCUUGAAAAUAAAAGAAAAAGGAAAAAAAAAUUCUUCAAGCUGGCAAUGUGUUGGAAUUACAAUUUUCAGAUUGUGGCCCCAGGCCUUGUGUUCCUCAUUUAAGUAGCACUUUUUAAAUAAAUACUGUUUCAUUGUGUAGGCAAAAGCACAAGUGUUUCAAAUGUAUAUAGCGGGAGAAAUGAGUUUACAGAGAGAGAGCGUUGCUGCACAGGAUAAUUGCUACUGAGUAUUUCUUAUGCCAUUUGUGGAAUUGAAAGAUAAGGUUUAUUCUGUCAGGUUCAUUUUGUUCAACACUGUUACCCUAUUGUUUGUGUAUAGCAAUCUGGUAUUAUUGCUUUAUCAUUUG